AGAAGAUGAGGGAAGGAAGGAAGGAAGGAAGGAAGGAAGGAAGGAAGGGGGGAAAUCAGAAAAAAAGAUCACUUCUAGAGAGGUGGUCAGCUCAGCAAGGAGGUGAAGAAAGACGAAAGGAGAGAUGGGAGAUGCUAAGCAGGAAAUAGAAGAUGAGAGGAAGGAAGAGGAAGAGAGAGAGAGAGAGAAAGAAAGAAAGAAAGAAAGAAAGAAAGAAAGAAAGAAAGAUCACUUCCAGAUAAGUGGUUGGCUCGGCAAGGAGGUGAAGAAAGAUGGAGAGAUGGAGAGGGUAGACAGGGAAGGGAAGAUGAGUGAAGGAAGGAAAGAAAGAAAGAAAGUCAGAGAGGGCAGAGAUGAGCUGCUUUUGCCGGAGUCUGUCUUGGUGAAGGAGUUAUAUAGAGCAGAGCUGACUCCCUCCUUCGCUUCCUGGGUGGAGCUGGGGCUGAGGAGAGGAGAAAAAACUGCUUUAAAAACCUCCAAGCCCUCAGUCAGCAAGUCCCAACAGGAGUGGUGAAAUUACAACCUUUCCUGCCCGGGAAGAAAGGAGGGCCAGCUGGCUCUGGGCAGAGAAGCAGCAAGAGCAGCAAGAGCAGCAGCAAGGAGAGCAAGCGCAGCAGCUGGAGAAGCCACACAGAGCCAAGCUGUCUUGAGGGAGCUCCUGGUUCUUGACACUGGAUUUGGCCCAAGUCUCCAAAGCGUGCCCUGCCACAUUCCAGAGCGGUCUGGCUCUGAGGCUCGGGCAAAUCUGGAGUUGCUCAGCCUGGUAAGAAAGGAUCCUUUCUUGAGCCAGACCCAAGAGACAAGGUGUACGGAUCUGCUCCAGGAGAUGGGCAUUGAGGCGGCUGCCGUGCUCUGGUGCCAAGGGUGAACCAGGGCACGCAUUUGGCACCCAGGUGCAUGGACUGCCUCGGUGUGCGAAACCUAAGGCGAGUUUGCCGUCACCUUGGACAAAGUUGGCAGCCCGGAAGGUUGAUCUGGUCCAAGUCAAAGUAAACUCCUGUAGGAAAGAAAAAAAGAAAAAAUAGAAUCUAUUUUGAAGGACUCAAUGGUCAACGGCAAGUGGCACUUUGGUAGGAAACAGCCACAUGACGGAGGCGUAAGGAAGAACUGAGACCACGUCAAGUGACUCCGGCUAAGGAAGGGCUUUUAAUUUUUUCCCCCUUUUGCUUUUUUGGGGGCUGAGCUCAAAAGUGAGAGGAAGAAUGAAGCAGUCGGUGUGGAGAAGCUGCAGCGGGCAGAAUGGUGCGCCGUGUGCCAACGGGGCCCUUGGCACGCGUCGGCAGGCCGUGGGCUGGCUUCUCCUGUCACUCUUGGCCUUGGAGCACCUCUACUCCGCCUUGGCGCUCUCCACUUGCAAGACCCUGGACAUGGAUAUGAUGAAGCGCAAGCGGAUCGAAGCCAUCCGAGGCCAGAUCCUCAGCAAGCUCAAGCUGUCCAGCCCGCCAGAGGUCGAAGACCCUGACUCCCGGGUUUUGUCGGAAGACAUCAUGGCCCUCUACAACAGCACCUUGGAAGUGAUCCGGGAAAUGGUGUCUGAAGACCCCAAGGAGACGCCUCAGGAGGAAUACUACGCCAAGGAGGUGCACAGGUUCACCAUGCUGUCGCCAAAUCACGACAGCUACGGGGAGCAGUACAAGAAGAACAGCAACCAUGUCUUCUUUGGCUUUAACAUAUCGCAGAUCCGGACAACUCUCCAUGACCCCAACCUGUUGUACCGUGCCGAGCUGAGGAUGAGGGUUUCUGGGAAGGGUCAGGAGCAGCGGCUGGAGCUUUACCAGCAACAGCACCAUUAUACAAACAGUUCCAGCUGGUACUACCUGGAUGGGCGACAGGUUAAGUUGAAGACCGACAAGGAGUGGCUUUCAUUCGACGUCACCACGGUCCUCCGAGUGUGGCUUGCAGGAGCAGAGACUCUGGGGAGAUUCCGCCUCAGCACCCACUGCUCUUGUGAUGGCAUUUCUGAGGAUCUGAAAAUGGAAGUGGAAGGCAUGAAAAUAAAGAGAGGGGACCAGCAGCAGAUUAGCGAGGAAAAACAGCAGCUGCCCUACUUGCUGGUGAUGGCGAUGCCACCUGAACGCGCUCAGCAUCUGCAGAGCCGCCGGCAAAAGCGAGCUGCACCAGGCAUGGAGUACUGCAGUCAAUCACCAGAGGAAAAGAACUGUUGUGUGCGUCGCCUUUAUAUUGACUUCCGUAAGGACCUGAAAUGGAAGUGGAUCCAUGAACCCAAGGGCUACUAUGCCAACUUCUGCAUGGGGCCAUGCCCCUAUCUCUGGAGUUUAGACACUCAGUACAGCAAGGUCCUGUCCCUUUACAACCAACACAACCCAUCUGCCUCAGCUGCACCUUGCUGCGUCCCAAAUGAGCUCGAACCCUUGGGGAUUGUUUAUUACGUCGGCCGCCAAGCCAAGGUGGAACAGCUCUCCAACAUGAUUGUCAAAUCGUGCCGAUGUAGCUGAGGAAGCGGAGCCACGGACUUGGGAGACCCAUUCCGGGCGGGCUGGGAUUUUUUUAAAACCCAAAUGGGAAAGAGGCCAGGACUGAAGAUGAGAGAAAGACAGGCUGCUCUUUCCCCCGACCUCAAGAAAACCUCAUGCCUUUUUUUAGAAAAGCAAAAACACUUCUUUUUUUAAAUCAUUCAGUGAGUGUUAUUAUUGUUAUUAUUAUUAUUAUUUUAUUAUUUUAUUUUGUAAGUUUAUGUAUUUUUUGGGGGGGUGACACUCUUGAACUGUUUUUUUUAUUUUGCUUCAAAUGCCGAGAGAAUUAUAAUUAUUAUCAGAAUAAUAAUAGUUGUUUAAAAGAAGAAAAAAGAUGGGCUUCUCCUUGUUCUGCCAUCAGCUCUCCUCCUGGAAAGAAUUUGCUGGAAGAAUAAACUGAUCUGGGACCUGAUUUAUUUUUUUUAAACCCAGGCAAAAGCCAAAAAGAUGUCCAAGAAACUCUCAGCAAAAAUGACAGCAAAGUUUAGACAUAUUAAAAGGGGUCAAAGGCACCGAAGGGCACAUGACAUCAUGGUUUUAGGACAAGGAGGUCCGGAUCAGCAUGGUUCAUACCAGGUCCGAACCGUUGUCCUCUGGGUGGUACGAAUGCGUCCAUGUUUCUAGCAGGUGCCAGGGUCGCUGGACGAUGCCAAGGUUACCUUGCGGGUGCUGCGCUCAGGCCUUUGUCCCCAAAAGAAGAUGACGGAUGGGAAGAGGCAACUACUCCGUGCAUAUUUCAAAAAUGGGACUCCAUCCAAUCUCACAGAAUUCAGUGCUUCCGUCCUCUGGCUCUUCUCUGGAAGGCAGCAGUGCAAGUCAUAGCUGUUGUUGAGUCAACAUGAAGACAUCCCUUAUCUCAGUGGUUUCCGAACUUUGGUCCUCCAGAUGUUUGGGGCUUCAUCUCCCUGAAUUCCUGACUAACCAAGGAUUUUGGGAAUUGAAGUCCAAAACAUCUGCAGACCAAAAAUUGGAAACCACUCCUUUGCCACAUGCAAGAGCAUGCAGAAAUAAAUGCCAGGGGGCAGAUCUUAUGGGGUAAGUGACUCUGGCUAUUAAGUAUGUAUCUCCAUCUUCUGCCCUCUUAGUUCCACCUCUUCAACAGCCCAUUUUGGCCACCCUCGACUUUCCCAAUAGAGGGGAACUUAAAAGGGCUGAAUACAGACUUGGUUUCUUUUGUGGGGUGGGAUGGGGAGAGAUAUUUUUGCACUUGUUCAAUGCUUGGCUAACUGCCACACCAGCAAUACAAAAUGGGGAGG